AUGAUGGUACAACCUUCCGUCGUCAAUAAAAUUCGAUCCCUCUUUACCAAACAGCAGUCUGCGCCAAAUUUCCAGGUUCUGUCUGAUCUACAUCUGGAAUUGUGCUCACAAUAUCACACGUUUUCGAUCGCACCUGUGGCACCCUAUCUCAUUUUAGCGGGAGAUAUUGGGCGUCUUAUUGAUUAUGAGGGCUACCUAGCAUUUCUUGCAAAGCAGACCGCGCAAUUCGAAAAGGUUUUCCUAGUUCUUGGAAAUCACGAGUUUUACCACCUCUCACACAAUAGCGCUUUGGAACAAGCCCAAAGACUCGAGAAUGAAGCAGUCUUGAACGGUAAACUAGUUUUGUGUCAUCAGAAACGAUGGGACAUUGACCUUGGGGAUUCACAGACCACAAUCCUGGGUUGUACACUUUGGUCUAAAAUCGAUGGUGGCGCAAGAGAGGCAGUUCAAACGAGAAUAAAAGAUCUCCAAAAGAUAGAUGAAUGGUCGAUUGAUGAUCAUAACACUGCACAUAUAUCUGAUCUGACAUGGCUUUUCAACCAAGUUAGGAACAUUCAGAACCAAAACAAAUAUAGGGCCGAGGGAGAACCGGGAAGGAAGAUAUUGGUGGUCACACAUCAUGCGCCAACGAUAGUUGGUACAUCUAGUCCAAAGAACUCUAAUAAUCCUUGGGGUUCAGCAUUUGCUACUGAGCUUCUUGGGGAUUCAAGUAUGAGCUGGGUUGAUGUUAAAGUAUGGGUUUUUGGACAUACACAUUUUACAACGGACUUUGAGAAAGAUGGUAUACGAGUCUUGAGCAACCAGAGAGGUUAUGUACCUCCAGGAAAUGAACGAAAGAAAGAUGAGAAAUUUGAGGAAACCGCGUUUGAUCCGAAGAGAGUAUUCGGUAUCUAA